AUGAUAAAAAGACAAAGCAUUAGACAACAAUGGGAUGCCACAGUUGGCAAGCGGAGUUCUAAAUAUGAAGAUGCAGGGACAACUGUUAACAGAAGGUCUUUCGGCGGUUCAUGUCGAAUCAUUGCAAGAAGUAUUGGGAAAAUGUUGCGCUGUCAAAGACAUGGACAACGAAAAAUUGUACUCAAGCGAGACCUGAUAAUCAAAACAGCGUGCCACGAUUUACCAGCAACCGAAUGUUUCGAUUCUACAGCUAAAAAUAUGGACUGUCAAAGACUGACGGGUGUAAAAUAUCACGCCAUGUUCAGUUUGAUGAAUAUUUGGAUAUUUUAG